AACUAAAAAAAAUUAACCUAAAAUUUUAUUUCUAAAGUCACCUGUAUAUUCAAUUAAUAUAUUGAAAUAUUAUUAAAAGAUGGUCUUUAAAUGCCAAGAAGAUAGUUUUUUGAAAGAGUUUACCACAACUGUAAUUGAUUGUACGAAAGCGAAAUUUUCAACGGUAAUAAAUGGCAAAAAGGAAAAAAUUGAUGGAUUUGAAAUAGUGUGUGAAGAUACGAUUUUAUUUCCUGAAGGAGGUGGACAACCAUCCGAUCACGGAUUUUUAAACAACAUUCAAGUGUAUCAAGUAAAUAGACGUGGUGAUAAAGCCGUACAUUACACAAAAAACGAGUUAUCAAUAGGCGAACCAGUUAAACAAAUCGUCGAUUGGAAACGACGUUUAGAUCAUAUGCAACAACAUUCUGGGCAGCAUUUACUCACGGCAAUUAUUGAUAGGGAAUUUAAAUUUUCCACAGUAUCUUGGUGGUUAGGGGAAGAAAUUUCUCAUGUUGAACUGGAUACCUCGUCGAUUUCAAAAGAACAAAUUGAAAAAGCAGAAUACUUAUGUAAUGAAUUAAUAAGGGAUGCUAAACCGGUUAAUGUAGAAUUGCUUAAACUUAACGAAAACACCGACGUAAAUCAAAUUAGAGCAAGGGGGUUACCAAAAGAUCACGUCGGAGAUGUUCGCAUAAUUACAAUCGAGAAUGUUGAAAGUAAUAUGUGCUGUGGAACUCAUGUUUCGAAUUUAGCGCAAUUACAGGUUAUUAAAUUAUUGAAUGUUGAAAAAAGUUCGAGGAAAAAUAACGUUUUGUUAAACUUUUUGGUUGGAAAUCGCGUCCUUGAAAAGUUAGGUUCUUGUUUGGAACGGGAACAAAAAUUGAUAACGAUUUUAAAUAACGCGCCUAGUCAGCAUUUUGAUCUUGUUGAGAAAUUGGUGAAAACUACCAAAAUAUUAAAUAAAAAUCAGCAAUCAUUACUUAAAGAUAUAGCUGCUUAUGAAGUAGAGAAAUUGAAAGGUUUGGAUCAAUUACCCAAAUAUUUUAUGGUUCAUCGUAAAGAAGGCGAUUUUGAUUUUAUGAACCAAUUCAUUAAACUGAUUAAUUCUACGGAUAUUUUUUUGGUUUUAUCGAUUGGCGAGGAAAAAGGAAAUGGUAACAUCGUUUUGUAUGGAAAAGAAAAUGUUAUUGCUGAUUUGGGGAAUAAGAUCUGCCAAAUUUUAAGCGGAAAAGGCGCCGGGAAAGGAAACAAAUAUCAAGGAAAAGUUAAUAAUUUAGGAAAUUUGCAUUUAGUAGAAGAUCUUUUGAAGUCAUACUUUAAAUAAAAUAUUUAUAAAUAAUAAAGUAGUAAUUAAAAGUUUUAAAUGAGCUCCA